CGGAUACAUGACAGUAUAUUCGCAGUAGAUUAUUAAAGAAGCUCAAACUCAAAGUAUUCCACUCUCACAUCCCUCGUUCGUGAAGCCAAAGGCACCCAUGGGCCAGAGCGACCGUCCGGGCGGUCUGUGAUUCUGCCGUCGGCGCUAGCCUGAUCUAGCUUGAUUAGCGUCGCGAUAAAUAAUUCCCCAUAACAAUUUUCUGCAAAGGCUGCGAUUGAGCCCUGCUGCCAGGAACGCAAAACCUCGAACAAACCGCAAUUCUCUCUUCCCCCAACCACAACAAUGGCGAAGACGAGCAAGAAAGCAACUCGUAAGUUCGAGAAGAACCACUUGAAGGACUCGCUUGAGCGCCGCAAGGUGGGCGCGAAGAUCAAGCAGAAGGUGCAGAUCAAAGAGAAGAGGGCAUUGAGGAAUGCAAAGGAUGCUGAGUUCUUAGGAAAAGGCAAGGCGGAGGAUGGAGAGGAGGGUGCGCCUGAGCCUAAGGCCGAUCCUUUUGGUCAGAUGAGCGUCGAUGAUUUCUUUGCUGGGGGUUUCGAGGUCCCGGAGAAAUUGGCAAAGAAGAAUGCGAAGAAGGCACUCGGAAAGAGGAAGCGCUCUGAGCCGGAGGCAGAGAAGGAGGAUGAGGGCGACUCCUCUGAUGCUUCGUAUGAGGAGGCACCUGUGGCUAGCGAUGAUGAGGGUAGUGAGGACGAGGAUGAGGAUAUGGGAAUGAGCAAGGAGGCUAUGGAGGCACUGGCUGAGAAGGAUCCGGAAUUCUACAAAUACCUCAAGGAGAAUGACCCCGAGACACUCGAUUUCGACGAGGAUGCCGACCUAGCUGAGGUCGAUGGCCUUAGCGGCAGCGAGGAGGAGGAAGAGAGGCCUAAGAAGAAGUCGAAAAAGAGCAAGAAGGCCAAGGCUGAGGAGAUGGAGGUGGACGAGGAGUCCGAGGAGGAGAUGCUCGACGAGACUGAAGUCACAAAGGAGAUGGUCGCCAAGUGGAAGAAGGCAAUGUCUGAGCAGCACUCGUUACGAGCAAUGCGACAGGUUGUCCUGGCUUUCAGAGCUGCCGCACACGUCAAUGAGGAUGAGGGCAAGGACUACAAAUACACGAUUACGAAUCCCGAGGUCUACCACCAACUUCUCGUCGUCACUCUCCAGCUCGUCCCCGAGGUCCUGCAGCACCACCUCCCCGUGAAGGAGAGCGCCGCUGGCAAGAUCCGCGUCUCCACCGACUCGAAGAAAUUCAAGACCCUCACGCCGCUACUCAAGUCUCACACGACCUCCGUGCAGCACCUGCUCACCACCCUCUCCGACGAGGCAACCCUCAAGCUGACCCUCUCGACCAUCAACCCCCUCCUCCCCUACCUCCUCCCCUUCAAGAAGGUGCUCAAGGGCAUCGUCAAGACCGUCGUCGACAUCUGGUCCGACGCCUCCAGCAGCGAAGCAACUCGCAUCACCGCCUUCCUCGUCGUGCGCCGCCUCGCCGUAAUCGGCGACGCCGGUCUCCGCGAAGCCGUCCUCAAGACCGUCUACCAAGGCCUCGUCAAGGGCGCGCGCAACACGACCAUCCACACGAUCCAAGGCAUAAACCUGAUGAAGAACUCCGCCGCCGAGCUGUGGGGUCUCGAUCCCACCAUCGGCUACACGACGGGCUUCACAUUCAUCCGUCAGCUCGCCAUCCAUCUCCGCAGCAGCAUCACCAAUAACGCAAAGGAAUCCUACAAAACGAUCUACAACUGGCAGUACAUCCACUCCCUGGAUUUCUGGUCCUGCGUCCUCGCCGAGCACUGCUCCCCCCUCAAGGAAGCCGCGCGCGGCAAGGAAUCCCAACUCCGCGCCCUGAUCUACCCCGCCGUCCAGGUCACGCUGGGAGCAAUGCGUCUCAUCCCCACCGCGACGUACUUCCCCCUUCGCUUCCACCUCGUGCGGUCGCUCCUGCGACUGUCCCGCGCGACAGGGACGUACAUCCCACUCGCGCCGCUGCUGCUGGAGGUCCUCUCCGCGGCGGAGAUGAAGAAGCACGCCAAGCCUAGCACGCAGCGCCCGCUUGACUUCUCGGUCGCGUAUAAGGCGCCUAAAGUCUACCUGCGGACGCGCGUCUACCAGGAUGGCGUUGGGGAGCAAGUCGUUGAAUUACUGGGGGAGUUCUUCGUGCUGUGGUCUACGAGCGUUGCGGCGCCGGAGCUGGGGCUGCCGGUGAUUGUGAUGCUGAAGCGGUGGUUGAAGGAGGCUGGUGCGAAGACGGGGAACCGGAACGGGAAGGUUAAUGCGGCGCUUGGGAUCUUGGUGCAGAAGAUCGAGGCGAAUGGACGGUGGGUGGAGGAGAGGAGGGUGAAGGUUGAGUUUGCGCCGGGGAAUAGGGCGGGGGUGGAGGGGUUCCUGAAGGGGUUCGAGUGGGAGAAGACGCCGUUGGGGGCGUAUGUUGUGGGGCAGAGGAAGCAGAGGGAAGAGAAGGCGAGGGUGUUGGAGGCGGGGAGGAGGGAGGAGGAUAAGAAGGGGAAGGGGAAGAGGGGGAGGGGGGAGGAUGUGCAGAUGGAUGAUGUGGUUGAGUCGUCCGAUGAGGGGGAGGAGGAUGAUGAGUAGAGUAAGGGGGGGAGAUAGAAUAUUGUGUUAUAACGGGUACUGUGAUGCAAAACGGGCAUCUAAAAUUCAUCCAUCAGGCGUUCUGGACGGGCUGUUCCUGCAAUCCAAAACAAAAUUUACG